CCUUCCGGGACCCCCAACCGCAGGAUCUUCGCCUCCGAGCAUGCCGUGCUCAUCGGGGCGGGCGUCGGCAUCACCCCCUUUGCUUCUAUCCUGCAGAGCAUCUUGUACAGGCACCAGAAGAGAACGCACAUCUGCCCCAACUGCCAGCACUCGGGGAGGGAGGGUGUGCCGGAUGCUGACAGGAAGCUCCUCAAGGUGGACUUCAUCUGGGUAAACCGAGGCUAGCGGUCUUUCGAGUGGUUUGUGAGCCUGCUGACCAGACUGGAGAUGGACCAGGCCGAGGAGACUCAGGAGGUUAGCAUAGUCAGUAUUGUUGGUAUAGUUAGCACAGCUGGUAUAGUUAAUAGUUUAUUAGCAUAGUUAGUGUAGUUAGUACUAGUUAGCGCUGUUGGCAUAGUGAGUAUUGUUGGUAUAGUUAAUAGUUUAUUAGCAUAGUUAGUGUAGUUAGUACUAGUUAGCGCUGUUGGUACAGUUAGCAUUGUUAGUUAGUAUUGCUAGGUAGUGCUGUCAGUCAGUGUAGUUAGCAGAUCACCAUGAUGCCGGGCCUCACAGCCAACUCUGCUGACGAGGAGAUUCAUAUUGAUGACUUCGAGAUCCUCCGCACCAUUGGUGAAGGCACCUUUGGUAAAGUGAAGUUGGCCUGGCACAUUCUGACCGGGACACAGGUGGCUCUCAAGGUCGUUAAAAAAAGGUAUCAGAGCUUCUCAAGUGCCCAGGCACUUUUCCGGGACGUGUGCGGUCUGAAGGCUCUCGAUCACCCCAAUAUUGUCAAACUGCUGGGGGUGAUUGACACAGAGAAGACAUUUUUCGUGGUGAUGGAGUACCUCAGUGGGGGGAACAUGUACCGCUAUUUGAAGACCCAUGGCCGUAUGACAGAGUUGGAGGCCCGAGGCCUGUUCCGGCAGCUGCUCUCCGCCCUGCAGCACUGCCACCAGAGGGGCAUCGUGCACCGGGACCUGAAGCCAAUGAACCUCCUCUUUGAUUCCCACAUGAAUAUCAAACUUACAGACUUUGGCCUCAGCAGCAAGUGUGAUGACACUGGCCAACUGGACAUGAGCUGCGGCACAGCCCCUUAUGCUGCCCCGGAACUCUUGCAGGGGCAGAGGCACAGCGGCCCUGCGAUGGACGUGUGGAGCCUGGGAGUAGUGCUCUACGCCAUGGUAACUGGGUCCCAGCCCUUUGUGGGAAAAGACUUCCAGGAGCUGCUGAAGCAAAUCCUACGAGGGCGAUACCCCAUCCCACCUUAUCUGUCUUUGGAGAUAAGGGAUCUAUUACAAAAAAUGAUUGUCCUCAACCCCAGUGACAGAGGCACCUUACCUGACCUCAUGAGGCAUCCAUGGGUCAACAUGGGCCAGAAGGAGCCACUCCAGCCACCCUGUGCAGAGGACCGGGAGGUGACAACGGUGAGGACUCCGGGCUUGACUUGCGACCAGAUCCAGGACACUGGGACAGGCAGUGUGAGCUCCAAGAAACCCAAGGUGGAGGUCUCCAUCAUAACUCUGAAGCCCUUCUCUUGCGGGAACCUCUGUGGCAGUGAAUGUUUUGAUAUUAAGAUUGUGCUGGACUCAUAA